GUAGAUCAGCAGGCGUGCGUUUGAAUUGUUUUGAUUUGAUUUGGUUCCGAUGUUGCUCCGGAGAUGUGUCCUGUUUCCGUUUCCCGCCGUGCGACUUGUGCGUCGGAGUUUGCACCGCCAGCAUGACCACAUCGUGCUCCACCCGGAGGUGCGGCAGGCGCUGCAGCUCCAGAAGCCGGUGGUGGCCCUGGAGUCCACCAUUAUCACGCACGGGAUGCCAAUGCCGGAGAACGUCCUGACGGCGCUGGCGGUGGAGGAGCAAGUGCGGCAUAAUGGAGCCAUUCCGGCCACCAUUGGCAUUCUGGACGGACGGAUCAAGGUGGGGCUGACGCGCGAGGAACUCACCACGCUGGCCAAGAAGCCCCGGGAGCAGGUGAUCAAGUGCUCCCGCAGGGAUCUGCCCUUUGUGGUGUCCAGAAGACAGAGUGGUGGGACCACUGUGGCCGCCACAAUGAUCAUUGCCCACCGAGUGGGCAUCCGGGUGUUCGCCACUGGUGGAAUCGGCGGAGUCCAUCGCGAUGGCCACGAGACCCUGGAUGUUUCCGCCGAUCUCACCGAGCUGGGACGCACUCCGGUGGCCGUGGUCUGCAGCGGCGUCAAAUCCAUCCUGGACAUUCCCCGCACACUCGAGUACCUGGAGACGCAGGGCGUGUGUGUGGCCAGUUUCGACAGUCCUGGUGGCAUCUUUCCAGAUUUCUACACAAGGGACAGCGGCUGCACGGUGCCCUACAACCUCACCGAUGCCCAAGAGGCGGCGGAACUGUUGCGAUCCUGGCGGGAACUAAAAAUGGAGUCGGGCCUGCUGAUCGGUGUCCCUAUCCCAGAGGAGUUUGCUGCAGACAAAUCUAAAAUUGAGGAGGCCAUCCAGGAAGCAACUGCCCAAGCCAAAGCCCAGGGAAUCUCUGGCAAGGAGGUGACACCAUUUCUGCUCGCCGCCAUAGCCAAGAUCACGGAAGGAAGGAGUCUCAAGUCCAACAUAGCCCUUAUCAAAAACAAUGCCAAAGUGGCUGCCCAAAUUGCCGCUUCCCUUUGUGAAGUUUCUACAAAAAUGGAUAAUCCAAGCCAGAAAUCCAUCGACAGGAAACCUCUGGUUGUGGGAGCCUCCAUUUUGGAUCUCUCUUUUACGGUAGACGACCACAACCGCGACAUGAAACUGGAUGGAGCCACUUACUCAGCCGUGGCUAAGCAGGCAGCUGGAGGAGUUGGUCGGAACAUCGCGGAGGGCAUUUAUAAACUCUACGGAGAUGUAAACCUGAUAUCCGCCGUGGGCAACGAUCAGAUGGGACAAACACUCCUCCAGAUGAUGCCAAGGGCACUGCAGCGGGGCCUGAUUCUGGCAGACAGCCAUAACACCUCCUUGUGCUCUCUAAUCUUCGAUAAAUUCGGGGAUUGCAAGCUGAUACUGGGCAACAUGGAAAUCCACCAGAGCAUUACACCCGAAACCCUUCAGGCGCACCAUCAACUCUUCCGGGAAGCUCCUCUCAUCAUCAUGGACAGCAAUAUUUCCGAGCAGGCGAUGGCCAGCAUCCUGCAGCAGGCGCAAAAGUAUAAGAUUCCCGUCUUUUUCGAGCCCACGGAUAUGUUCAUAGCCGGGAAACCUUUUAAACUGCUGCCGGAGCUGACCAAAAACAUACGCCUGAUCAAACCGAAUCUGCAGGAGCUGAAGACCAUUACGGAGGCCAUUACUGGCGAGCCGGUUAAAUGGAAUCCAGAUACCAAGCUGCCUCAGGCGGAACUCCUGCAUCAGGCCAAAUCCAUGAUCAAAAAAAUCGACUGCCACUUCAACUGCAUCAUUGCCACGCUGAGCGACCACGGGGUGCUCCUAAGCUAUCGACGGGAUGCGGACAACGAUGCCAGGCUGCUCUUGGACGUAAGCAAAUCCUCACAACCGCACUGUACUCGCUUCUAUGCCGCUCCAAUGGUCCACAACAUUGUCAAUGUCUCGGGAGCGGGCGAUAGUUUCUGUGCGGGAUUCAUCACUGCCCUGCUGCGAAGCUGCACCCUGGACGAGUGCGUAGCCGGGGGAUUUGUGGCCGCUGAAAAGGCCCUGCAAUCCGAGUCGGCUGUGCCCACGACCUACUACUCAAAUCAGGAAUCCUUCGAAAGUCGCUACAAGCAAACUGCCAAGCUCAUCCAACAGCAAAGCAUUUAGAUGGUACUUUGGAGACCAAAAAGAACGAUGGCAUUUACUCAGGACCUUAGCUUUAUUCCUAAGUUUUUUCUUAAAGUGUACAAGAUAAAGAUUUGUCUAGUAAGCCCAUCUGAAAGAUGCAAUUAAACCAAUUAAUGUUGUUAAAC